AUGGUUGUCGAAUCAAUUUCAAUACCACCACUUCGUAGAACUUCUUUAAAAACCCCAAUCAUUCCUUUGACACCUGCAGAAGAUAAUCCAAUUUCUCUCAAAGUUUCAAAAAUUUUAAUUUGCCCUAUCGAUGACGGUAAAACCAAAUCUGCAUUAGAAGCACUUUCGGAAUUUUAUACUUCAAAUUCUGUAGCUGAACGUAGAAAUUUGAAAGGGGAUAUUGAACAAAAAGCUAUUGAAACCAACAGAAAUUUUCUUGAGUUUUUUGGUAAAGUUACAGAGCAAUUAGCAGCUAUAGAAUCGGAAAUUAAGAGCAUGAACAAUUUUUGUGAUGAGAUUAGUAAAAGUCUGGAUUCCGCAAAUCGUAAAACUGCAUUAUUAUUGGAACAAAGCGAUAGUCUAAAGUCACAACGAGAAAGUUGUAAGACUCGCAAGAUUUUGAUAGACGCAUUUUUGGAAAAAUUUACACUCUCAGAAAAAGAGGUUGCAACCUUAUCGUCUCCUGAUUCAGAAAUAGGUCCAGAGUUUUUUGAGGCAUUGAAACAUUUGCAACAAAUUCACGGCGAUUGUGAUGCAUUAUUGAUUACAGAAAAUCAAAGAGCAGGGCUAGAAAUUAUGGAAAAAAUGAAUUCUUACCAAGAAACUGCUUUUGACAAAUUAUAUCGAUGGACUCAAACAGAAUCUCGUUCUUUAGGCCGAGAUACACAAGAAGUUCCUGUAACUUUGAAACUUGCGUUGAAAACGUUAAAACAACGACCUGUGCUAUUUCAGUCAUGUCUUGAAGAACUCGUUUACAUCCGAAGAAAUUCAAUAAUACGCACAUUCAUGGAUGCUUUAACUCGAGGUGGUCCUGGAGGUACUCCCCGUCCAAUAGAAUUACAUGCACAUGAUCCUUUACGUUAUGUAGGUGAUAUGCUGGCUUGGAUUCAUCAGACAGUUGCUAACGAAAGAGAAUUUUUGGAAAGCUUAUUCGAGAUUGAAAAUGAUUAUUCGAAUGUUGAAGGUUUGGAAAAAGAAAGCGAUGACAUCGUUAUUCAGGAUUUGUUAGAUCGUGAUAUUGAUGGGACAUGUCGCCCAUUAAAGACACGUGUUGAACAAGUCUUGGGCUCACAACCUGGAGCCAUAACAGGAUAUAGGAUUUUAAAUUUGAUUCAAUUUUAUAAAAUUACAAUUGCAAGAAUUUUAGGCCCUAAUGCUGCCUUGUCUAUGGUACUUAAAGACAUUACGGAUUCGGCAACAAAAGUAUUUUUCAAUACACUUAAUAUGCAAGCUGAACAACUAUUGCGUUAUAGACAGACCCCAGGUGCAGAGUUAAUGCAACCACCUGCAGUGAAAGAAACUGUAUUGCAGUUGAAAGAAAUAAUGGCAUCAUAUGAAACAUCUUUGGUCACUGCUACAGAACGUGAAGAUGGUUUCCGCACAAUUUUAGAUACUAUAUUAGACCCUUUGUUUCAAAUGUGUGAACUGGGUGCAAAUGAUUUAUCAAAAUUUGAUAAAGCAAUUUACAUGAUCAACUGCCUUCACUAUGUACAAUCAUCUUUAACUCCAUACUCAUUUACUCAUGGUAGAGUUAUGUCACUAGAGAGACAAAUUGAGGAAAACAUGGAAAUUUUAGUAGAUGGGCAGUAUGCAAAUCUUUUAAACCAAUCCGGAUUAGGACCAAUCGUCCAGAUUAUGGAAACGAAGGAUGAAAACACGCCAUUAUCGCUAUACCCAAAUAUGGAUACCAAUUCGCUAACAAAUACAAUGGCGAGACUUGAUUCAUUUUUGUCGUUAGCCGAUACAGAUACAUUCAGAUUACAAGGACAUCCACAGCCAUUGGUAAAAAAAGUUAAUCGAAGAGUAAUGAAGAUGUUUGUUGAAGCUUAUAGAAGAAUCAGUGAUGCUAUAAAAGAUCCAAGAAAUAGAUAUGAAUUUCCCGCAACUAUUCUAGCUAGAACUGUUGAUGAAGUUGAAAAUCUCUUAAUGGUUGAUAAUGAAUAA